AUGUCGAAUUCGUCAUUAGCUUCAUCAACAACGAAUACUUAUAGUGAAAGUAAUGGAUUAAAUGGUAAUUCAUCCACGUUGCAAUGCCGUGUACAAUAUCUUGACGAUACUGAUCCAUUUUCGAGUGUAAACCUACCGGAACCAGCUCGACCGCCGUCAUUUACAUUUCUAACAUCGACUGUUUUAAGUAAUCAACUAAGUAGCAUACAUAAAGUUCUCAAUGCACCUCAUAAAGUCGCUGAUUGUACACUUCAAUUGUGCCGUCAAGAUGGAAGUCGAACUGAACUCGGCCCUUAUCUUGAUCUUGAUCAAGCACUUGACGAACAACGUGAAGAUAUUGAAGCUUUCACAGAAGGACGCAAAUGGUCAAUUGUUCUUCGAACUCAAUUAAGCGUACGUGUUCAUGCCUGUAUAGAUAAAUUAUUAAAUUCUGAUGGACGAGAGUUGCGACGAUCAUUAUUUUCAUUGAAACAAAUCUUUCAAGAUGAUAAAGAUCUUGUACAUGAAUUUGUUAAUAAUCAAGGUUUACAAUGUCUGGUGAAAAUAGGCGGAGCAGCUGAUCAGAACUAUCAAAAUUACAUUUUACGAGCUCUUGGUCAAUUGAUGCUUUAUGUUGAUGGAAUGAACGCUGUGAUGAAUCAAAAUGAAGUCGUUCAAUGGCUUUAUUCAUUAGUUGAAUCAAGUUUUCGAUUGGUGGUUAAAACAAGUUUAAAACUUUUGAUCGUUUUCGCCGAAUACACCGAAACAAAUGCGCUACUGAUCUUAUCAGCUGUAACGCAUGUGGACCGAGCAGCCAAACGGUUAUUGUGGUCAAAUACGAUGAAGAUUCUGAAUGAAAUGGACAAUUCAGCAUCAGAAGUUGUUCUAUUAAUCAUUACAUUGUUUAAUACAGUGCUAUCGGCUAUACCCGACCAAGAUACAUUUUAUGACAUGACAGAUGCAUUGGAAAAGCAAGGAAUGCAACGGUGUACACAAUUUUUUCUUAAUCGCAAACCAGCAGAACCCGAUCUUGUUGAACAGUUUAAUAUAUACGAUGCUGCUCUUCGACAUGAAGAUGGUGAUGACGAGGCAAUAGUUGUUCAAUCGAUACGACGUGUACCACGCACAAAGUCAACUUUCGAACGAACAUCAUCGCGUCGGUAUUCUUCUUUUGAUUGUGAUUCCAAUGGUUACUACGACGCUUCACAAGACAGUUUAAUUAUUGACAAUCAUCGCAACGGAAAUCAUCGCGAAAAGCAUUUCAAUUCAAUCCCAAUGGUGCUCUUACAAACAGAUUAUGAUGACGAUGACGAGAUGACUGUUUCAUCGAAUGGAUGCGAUGCUGUAUCCAUACUACUCGAUGAUGAAGAUAAUAGUGAUGAAAGGAAAGCACGUGUGAAAAGUGCGACAAAUGACCGACAGAGUAUGCGACGCAGUUCACUGGGUGCACCUCCACCACCUCAAAAGAAAGAACCAGAAGCUCCAAAAGUAGCAGCUCCACCGCCAGAUAGCAGCGCUAUUCGCCGAAUGCAAAAUCGUUGGGAAGCAGAGACCCAACAACGUGAAGCCGCCGCAGCUAAAGCUCAAGUACCAAAAGCUACUGCAGCAGGACGUGCCGGUCGCGAUCGUUGGGGAGCAGCAGCAACAACUAAUGAUGCUCAGGCAGUGCCAUCCACUGACACAAACCGAUCAAGUCAACAGCAGCCACAAGUUAAACCGCCACCACCAUCAACUGGUGAUAGUCAUACUGUUCCGUCCAGCCGCUUUACGCGUCCACCAGCUCCUGUUGAUGUGACUCCUUCUCUUUCAUCGUCAUCUUCUCAGCAACAGCAGCCACCACAAAGUCCCCAUGCUAAUGAACCCAAAGUAUUUUCACGACCGCCAUUAGCACAUCAGAAAAGUUCGACUAGCAGCAGUGGCAUCGAAGCAGUAACACGACAAAUGAGUUUGUCUUCCAUGACUGGAAAUGAUGCAUCAACAAUCAAUGCUCAGCCAACGGUUGCAGUCAAAGACACCAAAGUAACACCAUCAUCAGAACUUAUGGGUGCUGUGACACGUGCUAAAGAUAGUCUGCAGCAAGCAACAACAAAACCUCCAAUACCUGGAAUACCUGGUGUUGGCUUGUCUGCUCAAAUGCCUGACGCUCUACUAUCGAAACCUCGUACUGAUAAUGACCUUCAAUGGGAAACUAUUGUUGGCAGAGUCCUCUCGCGAAAACUAAUUGUUCAAGAUCUCAAUUUUGAAGAAUUAGAUGAACGAGAUGAUGCAAAUAUCAUGGGUUUUACAAUUGGUGCUCGGCCAGGCUUUCCUCCUGCGCCGCCAAUGAUGAAUAGCGGUGGAGGUCCUCCUCUCCCUCCACCACCACCAAUGAUGGGAGGUGGUGGUCCACCUCCGCCGCCGCCUCCUCCACCGAUGAUGGGAGGUGGUGGUCCACCGCCGCCGCCGCCGCCACCUCCUCCAAUGGGUGGUCCACCACCUCCACCUCCAUUCAUGCCCAGAGGUAUGGCACCACCACCACCACCACCACCAAUGGGUAUGAGCAACGGCGCCACUCCAGCACCACCGCCACCCAAGGCACCAAUAAUCAAUAAAUCUGUCAAAACUAUACGUUUACACUGGCGUGAAACAGUUCCGAACCCAACACCUAAUCCAUCGGUUGGUGAUGAUACUCUAUGGACAUCAAUGACUCACAUUAAAUUAGAUACGGAUAAAUUAGCGCAAUUAUUCGAAGUCAAACAAACUGAAGUCAAAAUUAAGAAAGGUAACGAUGUGAAAAAAGAAAUUACCGUGCUGGAUACAAAACGUUCAAAUGCAAUCAAUAUUGGUUUAACCGUAUUACCCACACCACGAACAAUCAAAGCUGCUAUUCUAAAAAUGGACAGCAGUGUUAUUAACAAAGAGGGCAUUGAAAAAAUAUUGACAAUGCUUCCAACUGAAGAAGAGAAGAAUCAAAUCAUCGAAGCUCAAAUGGCUAAUACAGAUAUUCCACUAGGCAAUGCUGAACAAUUUCUACUAACACUCGCAUCUAUCGUUGAACUCGAAGCUCGACUUAAACUCUGGCUGUUUAAACUCGAUUUUGAUAACGUUGAACUGGAAAUUGCUGAACCAUUGAUGGAUUUGAAAGUUGGAAUCAAAAGUCUGAAGGAAAAUGUUACACUUCGACGUAUAUUGGAGGUUCUUCUUGCUGUUGGCAAUUAUCUCAAUGGCACCGAAUCGUUUGGUUUUCAACUUGAUUAUCUUUCCAAAGUUGUCGAAGUGAAAGACACCACUCACAAACAUUCGUUACUCUAUCAUGUCUGCAAUAUCGUUUGUGAAAGAUAUCCAGAAACAAGUGAUCUCUAUUCUGACAUGGGACAAAUCACGCGAUGUUCAAAAGUGGAUUUUGAUGAACUUGAACAAAAAUUAACUAAAGUCGAAAACGAUUGUCGAGCUGCGUUCGAUCAUCUACGAGCAAUCAGUAAACAUGAAACACCACAAGUGAAAACAAAAGAAGUACAUGGUAAAAUAUUAUAUGUCACAAUGGCGGAAUUCUUGACUGAUUGUGCCGAACGCAUCUGUCUACUGAAACUUAUCCAUCGUCGUGUCAUAAAUCGUUUCCAAAAGUUUCUCGUUUGGCUCGGUUAUCCUCGCGGAUUGAUUCCAAAUACAAAAAUAACACCAUUUUGUAAAAUACUCAGUGAAUUUGCACUUGAAUAUCGCACAACACGUGAUCGUAUAACUACGCAAAAACAAAAGAAACAAACACGAGCUGAACGAAAUAAAACAAGUGGCAAAUUGAUCACAGAAAUUAUUCCAGAGAAGAGUGGUUUACUCAAACAUGCUAUACCUAAUGAUUCUCGAACAGAUGACGAAGCUGAAUUUAUUUAUCAACGUGCUGCCGAGAAGACCAAUCCCACCAAUAAUCGCAUGAACAACGAUCUAUCAGCUCGUCGACCAUCGACGGGAACGAAGCCACAAGGAAAUCAACCGAGUGUAGCAGGUGGCUUAGCAGCUGCAGUCAACAGUGCGUCGAGACAAGAAACAAUGAUGCCUGGCCAUCGAUUACGAGAAAAAGCUACUGGUAAUCCAUUGAAAAAACCUGCUGUACAAUCUCCAUCGACAUUAAGUGUAAAACAAUCGGCUAACCCGAAUGAAACUGAUGCAUUUGAUACAAGUGAUGAACUGCUUGAUGAUCUUGUUAAAAAUGCAACGCUAACCGCAUCGAGAGAUGCUCUUAAACAGCGUAAAACCGCACGAUAUGGUGCUCAACGACGUUCGCUACGCCGGACACUACAUCUUGGUUUAAAUGAAGAAGAACGUGCUGAAGUACUUGGUGCUGGACAAAACUAA